GCUUCACUGUUUGUGCAUGAUGUAAUGACUGCAGUAAUGAGUUUGAUUUUGAACAAGAUCGAUGUUGAGUUGACCCAUUGGCACCAUCAAAAUGUUCUGUGAAAUGUCACUGUCUAAUCGGUAACUUACUAGUAGUAGUAGUAUUCCGUGCCCAGCAGCUGGCACCAUUCAGUGAACUCAGUAGUUCGAAGUAGGGUGUAUUUGAACCAGCUUCUGCAGUCAUCCGUGUUGUAGUUGUGACGGAGUUAGGGGGUAAUGCUUGCCAUAAAAUCAACUUGCAGAAGUGGAGUCGCCAUGUCGCACGUCUUCUUUCUGCGUCGGGCCAAUUCUGCCUUUGUUAGAAGGACCAUAAAGAAAGUUGAGACCGUUCAAAGGGUUAGUAGAUAUCUGGCGAGCUCAACUUCUUCAGAAGCGCCUUCUGAAAUCCAAGAGAACACGUAUUAUGACAAGUAUAAGGAGAAGCUGCAAAAGAGACUAAAGGAGAUGGAGGAGAAAGGGGAGGCUGUUGAGCUGCCCAGCAAAUCGAAGACGUCCACCGCUACAGCAUCCCAGCCAUCAUCCACGACCACUACUACAACCACCACAGCAGAGGAUGAAGUGUCUGAUGUCCGUGGUGGAUCCAUAGCAGCGCGCAUGAAGCCAGCUGCACAAGAGAACAGCCCUGAGCGCGACGCACCUAAGCCGAAUUCGAUCUCUGCCUUCCAGAUUCGGAGUUUAAACUCCAUUGUUCACCUGGACAUGCUGAAGACGAAGACUGCGGAGGAGAUUUCGGAGAUCUGGAAAGAACAUCACUUGAAGAAGGACUGCAUCACGGCUACUAUUCCGGUGGAGAAAUACGCGACUGUGAACGAGACUGCGGAGAAAUAUAAAUCGUUCAUUCUGCCCUUGCCACGUGAAAGCGGGUACGAGCUAAUGUACGUGGAGUAUGCCGCCCAUCAGUUCCAGAUGACGUCACUGCUCAACUACAAGACCCUGGGAGAGAGUGCUCCUGCGCAGGUGACAAUCAGCCAUUACACUGAGCUGCAGGCUAGCCACGGGAUCGUCUUGAUGCGCGGUGAAUUCGACAACAAAUUCCUGAAUGUCCUGGAGCUUCAGUGCCUGGCCAAUCAGCUGCAGAUGUUCUACCUUGCCCAGCCAGGCUCUCCGCAUCGCGCCGCUCUUGAGGUGUUUACCAACCAGCCACAGGACUUUGACUACAACACGGUUAUCAAUCUGCUCAAGGAGUCGGGCAUGGCGCACAUCCAGCAGCAGCAACAGCAGGAAGAGUCAGAAGGCCCUGGUGCACCCAGUGAUGAACCUGCGAAGUAGACGUUCCUGCAGAUCGCAAGCUGAACUUCAAGUGACAUGCAUGACACUCUAGAGGUGCUGUCCUUCUUGAAUUAGAGGUCUUGCACAUUCCCUGUGCUGUGCAGAGAGGGAGGGAGAGAGAGAGAGUGUGUGUGUGUGUGCGCGUGAGAGAGAGAGAGAGUGUGUGUGUGUGUGUGUGUGUGUGUGUGUGUGUGUGUGUGUGUGUGUGUGUGUGUGUGUGUGUGUGUGUGUGUGUGAGAGAGAGAGAGAGAGAGAGAGAGAGAGAGAGAGAGAGAGAGAGAGAGAGAGAGAGAGAGAGAGAGAGAGAGAGAGAGAGAGAGAGAGAGAGAGAGAGAGAGAGAGAGAGAGAGAGAGAGAGAGAGAGAGAGAGAGAGAAGAGAAGUACUUCCUUUUGAUUGGUGCAGCCGGAUUACCAGGUAUUUUCCUUCUCAUUUCUGCAAAUCACCUGUGUACAACCGAGCUGGUUUGUGUAAGGAAUACACACUUUUCCUAGGAUUUCUGCUACUCUCCCACAGAAUCAUCCAUGAUUUACCCUUGCUUUGCUUUAUUAUGAUUUCUAACGAGGUACACUUUAUUUUAGUGUGCAGAAGUAUAAGGUUUUUAAUAAUAAUCGGAAAACUA